GGCAUAAACAUCCAUUAAAAUUAUCAUUAGUUUAAAGCAACAUUACCUAUACAAAUUUGACAUUCAUUAGAAUUUAAAGACCUCAUUAAACCUAAAUGGAUGUUUGUGCAACUGACCGUUAAUGACAUAAAUAAUUUCGUUUUCAGUGCAAUGGAUUCUAUAACUAGCACUGAUGAUAUGUUUACUGAAGUAAAAAUAGUGCAAGAGAAUUUACUUCUUGAUAUCAUCAAAGAUUUAUGCAACGAACCCAGCAGUAAACUAUCUUCGAAGCUGAAAGGCAAAGUUAACAGAAUCAUAGCCGAUUGUGACUUGACACAUCAUACCAGCUUACACAAAUUAAGCACUGCUGAUGAAAGUACAUCAACUGUAUUGGGUUUCAUGAAUCAAACUGCAUCUGAAUUAACAUUUGAUGAACAAACUGAGCUGAAUCAAGCAAUCAUAAAUAAGAUACACGUUAAACUUCCACAUUUUAGUGCUGAAUUGGAAAAUUUAAAACAAAAGACUACUGGCAUACACAACAAAACAGCAAGUGAUCAAAUGAAAGAACUGCAACAGAGUUUAGAUGAAAAAAUAAAUGUAUUAGGGGACCAAGAGAAUGAGAAGGUCGAGUUGAUGAUGGAAUGGCUUAAUCAUAGAAUUCAUGAUGUGUCAAGGUUCAGUGAUGACUCAAGUGAAUUAUUGACACUUAAAACUAGGAUCCUCGAUUUGAAAUCCAAGAUUCUACAUCUUCAAAUUCUGCACAAUAUAUUCACAGAAACAAAUUACUCUAUAAAGGCAUAUAAUGAAAUACAUAAGGAUCUCAAAGAUAGCAUCAAAGAAACGGAGCAAAGAAUAAAAGACUUCAGAGCUAUUAUUGAUAGUGAUUUUUGAAUAUUAAAAUAUUAUUACAUAAUUAUUUUGUAGUUAAUUGUCAAAGAAAUUAAACUAAUGUAUUUUUCUUUUUGAUCAUUUUUUGCUUUCUUUCAUAAAUUCUUUUUAUAAGAUUUUUUCA